AUGCAGAAUACUGUUGGCAAACUUUUGGAAAAAAUUGUCGCACAAAGAUUGACCACCUACUUGGAACUACAUGAUAAGUUCCCACCAACACUUGGAGGGUACAGGUUAAAUAAAGAGACAUGGUUCAAUGCUGCAGUUUUCGCCUACGAUGUGUACGAGGGAUUUCAGAUUAAAGAAGAGACAUGUGCUGCAGUGUUGGACUUAGAAGAUGCCUACAAUAAAGUACCAUACGAUUAUUUAAUGCAAUUACUGCUUAAACUAGAAGUUAAUCCUAUUCUGAUCCGCUGGAUUGCUGCGGUCCUGUUCCAGAGAAAGAUU